UAUUUUCCAAAGAUCAGAGACAAUCACAAAGUGUCCCACGUUGUUGCUUUGCAAGUUGCGAGUCUCUCUCUUCUUCCUACGACAACCGUUUCCUCUCGCCGGAAAACCGACAUUGAUCUCUCUCUCCGCCGAUCCGUCCGCCAUGAGUUCCGGCGAGCUCCUCCACAUACAACCCCAGGAGCUGCAGUUUCCCUUUGAAUUGAGGAAGCAGAUCUCAUGCUCUUUGCAGUUGUCUAACAAGACUGACAACUAUGUGGCUUUCAAGGUUAAGACAACAAAUCCUAAGAAAUAUUGUGUUAGACCUAACACUGGAGUUGUGAUGCCUAGGUCUACUUGUGAUGUCAUAGUAACAAUGCAAGCCCAAAAGGAGGCACCUCCUGACAUGCAAUGCAAGGAUAAGUUUCUCCUUCAAAGUGUAGUUGCAAGCCCUGGGGCAACCACAAAAGAUAUCACUCCAGAAAUGUUCAAUAAAGAAUCUGGUCAUGAUGUUGAAGAGUGCAAGUUGAGAGUUGUUUAUGUUGCUCCUCCUCAACCACCAUCCCCAGUUCGAGAAGGAUCUGAUGAAGACUCAUCACCUCGUGCAUCUGUAUCUGAGAAUGGACAUUCAAGUGCUGCGGAAUUUACAGGGGCUUCAAAAGCUUUCAAUGAGCGGGCUGAACAUCAGGAUGCUUCUUUUGAGGCAAGAGCUCAUAUUUCUAAGGUAACUGAGGAGAGGAAUUCUGUUGUUGAGCAAAACAGAAGACUUCAGCAAGAACUGGAGCUUUUGAGGCGUGAUGCCAGCAGAAGCCACGGCGGUGUACCAUUCAUGUACGUAGUUCUUGUUGGCAUCAUUGGACUCAUCUUGGGUUUCCUAUUGAAGAGGACGUGACCUGAGUGAUGGCCAAGUUCUCUCCAAAAGGUGAUCAAUUGUAGAAAGCAACAAGAAGUAUGUGCGAUGAUGUGAAAAAACCAAUUUGUUGUCUUAUUGUCGUGUAUUGCUCCUACAAAUUUGGAAUGUGUGGUCAAAAAAUAGGUACUUCUAUCAGCCAUAGCAAUCAUAGACAGUGGACAAAUUUGUAUCAUGGGAAGUGUAUUGUUAUCUGAUAUGGUACAUGUGAUCAAUUCUUUAGUAGUUCCUAUUUCCCAGUCUAAUUGCUAAAUCAUGGCACCAUGAUAGUGCCUUUUU